AUGGGACAGGAUCCAGCUGCCAACAAGACAUUUAAUGGUAUCUUGUGGAGCAAUCUGUUGCAAAGAAGCGACAUACUUAGGCAUGACACAUCAGGGAGAGGCAAAAUUGUUCUGUUUUGUACUGGAUCUAUAGUUAAAUUAGAAUUUGACCAAAAGCUGUAUGAACAUGGCAUUUGGAGCUUGAAGUUUGUCCUAUAA